UUAUUAUAAAGUCAAACUCAAAAAUUAUCCCUACUAUUACAAGCCUUAGUGGUACUCUUUGAUUUUGAUAUGUUCACACCGACUCCAUCUUUUUGUCACGAUGCCUCCUAAGAAGCAACCAGAGAAAUCAGCGUCAAAGCCGGCUGAAAAAAAGCCAGCUUCAGCUAAGACUCCCGCCGCUGCACCCAAGGUAGCGACUGCAUCUGCAAGUGCUCCCAAACCGGCUUCUUCAAAAACACCAGCUCCAGCACCCAAGGCUGCUGCUACGAAAUCGGCUCCAGCUGCAUCUAAGCCAGCGCCAGCCAAAGCUGCAGCUAAGCCUGCAGAAAAGAAGGCGUCUGCACCUUCUGCGAAACCUGGCUCUGCUAAGGCUGCAGCAUUAAAGACUAAGUCUAGUGCUAAACCCUCUGCAAAGAAAGCAGCAGCAGCCUCUAAGCCUAAACCCAAGCCAGCAGCCGCUAAAUUAAAGAUAGCUCCUAAGCCCAAGAAGACUGGCAUCAAAGGCCAAAAGAAAGUUGUAAAGCCAGUAGUUAAGGCUCUUAAAGCUCAAAGAAAGGUAGUCAAAGGAGAAAAUGGAACAAGGAUCAGGAAAAUCCGCACAUCUGUGCAUUUCAGGAGACCUAAGACUUUUGAAGCUCCAAGACAGCCUAAAUAUCCUAGGAAAUCACUACCUAAGAGGAAUCGUAUGGAUGCCUAUAACAUCAUAAAGUAUCCGUUGACUUCUGAAGCUGCAAUGAAAAAAAUUGAAGACAAUAAUACCUUGGUAUUUAUUGUUCACACAAGCUCUAACAAACACCACAUUAAGGCGGCAGUUAAGAAACUGUAUGACAUCAAUGUUGCUAAAGUGAACACUUUAAUCAGGCCUGAUGGUAAGAAGAAGGCGUACGUCCGGCUAGCGCGAGACUACGAUGCUUUAGAUGUUGCCAACAAGAUUGGAAUCAUAUAAGCAAAUUACAUAAUAAGAAUACAAACAAAAAUUUCA